GGUCCGUUUCAACUGGAUUUGUGGUAUUUGAACUCUUGCAACCCUUUAGUGGCCGAUUUGGCGAGUCUGCGCUACCCAUGCCAAACAAAGAAAAAGUUGGAAAGAAGGCAUGGUUGUCAAACAAACAGUAAACAUUGACUCAUGCAAGGCACUGACCAGGGAAAACAUGGCCACGAACAGAGCUGCGUCCAAACGAAAAUUGGAAAAAGUCGAACAAAAUGGGAAAAAUAACGCGUUGACGGCUCAAAAUGGUGCAGAAGAAUCAGACGAGGAGGAUUAUCUUCAAACAAUCUCUGAUGUUGACUCUUCGGACCAGGAAGGUGAUCAGUCGGGAAGCGAUGAGUCAGAGGGAGAAUUAGAAAAUAUAGAUGAAGACAAUACUGAGGAUAGUAGUGACGCCGAUAGUGAAGAAGGCGAAAAUGAAUCUGAUGACGGAGAGGAGGAAGAUGAUUCAGAUGUUGAGGAAGAAGAUGAGAAUGAAGAGGAGAAUGACAGUGAAGACAAAAGUGACUUGGAGUGGGAAUCCGAUGCUUCCAGUGAAGAUGAUGCUGAAAAUCUAUUAAAGAAUGUCAAAAAGGUCACUAAAACUAAAGUGAAGUCUCAGGAUAGCACUCUAGCUACAGAAUCAAAUGAAUCUGCGUCUGAAGAACAUCUAGACCCCUCUAAAUCUAUAAACUCCAAGGAUAGUAAGGAUAGCAAUGUUCAAGGAACUUCUAAGGAUGAGUAUGAAAGUGGAGACACAUCUGAUGAAGAGGAUAUCCGCAAUACAGUUGGUAAUAUACCCAUGAAUUGGUAUGAUGAGUAUCCUCAUCUUGGCUAUGAUUGGGAUGGUAAACCCAUCAUGAAACCCAAGACUGGAGACACCUUGGAUUUCUUCCUAAAGCGUAUGGAAGACCCCAACUUCUUCCGAACUGUGAAAGAUCCUCAAACUGGUCAAGAUGUUGUCCUCAGUGAUCGUGAUGUAGAACUUAUAAAACGAUUGCAGAGUGGACAGAUACCCGAUGCUGCUUUUGAUGACACAGCUCCCUGGGUAGAAUACUUCACAUCAGAUGUGAUGAAAACACCUCUGCGGAAAUUCCCAGAACACAAAAGAUCCUUCUUACCAAGCAAGUCUGAGGCAGCAAAGGUAUCAAAAUAUGUCCAUGCCCUUAAAAUGGGUUGGAUGAAAACUAGGAGUGAAUUGGCUGAAGAGCAAAGAAAGAAGAGAGAGAAGAACUUUUACAUGCUGUGGGGGGCUGAUGAUAACUCUGUUGAAGAAAUGCGUCGAAUUGAAAAUCAUCUACCAGCUCCCAAACGACAUCUACCAGGACAUGCCGAAUCCUACAAUCCACCAGCUGAAUAUUUGCUUGACAAAGAAGAGCUUCGUCAAUGGAAGAAAUGCCAGGAAACUCCAUGGAAGAGGAAAAUUCACUUUGUGCCUCAGAAAUAUAAGUCCCUUAGAGAAGUACCCUCAUACCCUCGGUACAUUAGAGAACGUUUCUUACGCUGUCUGGAUCUCUACAUGUGUCCACGUGCCCUUAAAAUGAAGUUGAUGAUUGAGCCAGAAGACCUUGUUCCUAAACUACCUAGUCCUAGAGAUCUACAACCUUUCCCUACCACCAUGUCUAUGGUUUAUGAAGGGCACACCGAUAUGGUUCGCUGUAUCACUGUUGAUCCCAAAGGUCAAUUUAUGAUUUCAGGAUCAGAUGACUUAACUAUCAAAGUUUGGGAAGUUUCAACAGGAAGGUGUCUGCGUACAAUCAAUGUUGGAGGUGUUGUGAGAAGUGUGUGUUGGUGUCCAAACCAAGCACUCUCCAUUGUGGCUGUAGCUGCAGAUCGAAAACUUUUGCUAAUCAAUCCUGGUGUUGGUGACAGUUUAGUAAUAGCAAAAACUGAUCUUCUUCUCAAAGAAGAACCAGAAGACUCAUCAGUUAUUCCAGAGAGAGUUAAAGCGGCUGUGCAAUGGGAACAAGCCAAAGAUGAGGAAUGGGCUUCAGGCAUUCGAGUUGUCAUUAAUCAUUUCAAGGAAAUUAAGCAGGUCACUUGGCAUGGCCGAGGUGAUUAUUUCGCCACAGUUAUGCCAGAAGGUAUACAUCGUUCUGUUGUUAUCCACCAACUCUCUAAGAGGCGGUCUCAAGUUCCCUUCAGCAGAAGUAAGGGUCUGGUACAAUGUGUUUUGUUCCACCCUGUUCAACCCAUGCUAUUUGUGGCAACUCAGCGAAAUAUUCGUGUUUAUGACUUAUUGAAACAAGAAAUGGUUAAAAAGUUGUCUACACUAUCUCGAUGGGUAUCAUCUAUGGCCAUACACCCUGGUGGUGACAAUUUACUUGUGGGAACUUAUGAUAGGAAGAUGAUGUGGUUUGAUUUGGACCUGUCAACUUCACCAUACCAAACAUUACGUCUCCAUGGAACUGCUGUGAGGGGUGUGGCUUAUCAUAAGCGUUACCCACUCUUUGCCUCUGGCUCGGAUGACAGAAGUGUCAUUGUUUCACACGGAAUGGUGUACAAUGAUCUGUUGAAGAACCCUCUCAUUGUUCCUCUGAAGAGGCUGCAGUACCAUGAGCCUAACAAUGACUUUGGCAUAUUUGAUGUUAUUUUCCAUCCAACACAACCGUGGGUGUUUUCCGCUGGAUCAGAUAAAACCAUCAGAUUAUACUCAUAGUAAUUCAGAACAUUUCUAAAUAAAAGUUAUAUUUUUUCUCCAAGUAAA